AUGUCUUCAGUGUCUAGUGUGACGUCGGCCGAUAACUCACUUGAUUCACCCUCUGCUUCCUCGCCGCAUCAUGACCCUUUUCUCAGGCCUCACCUCAUUCCACAAAAACGAUUUAGGACACUCUCUCAUUGUGAGAGGACUCUUCCGGACAGAGUGCGAGGUAAAGUGGAGGAGUUCUGUCGGCUGAAGGGCUUCGGCUUCAUCAGAUGCAAUCCAGAGGAAGAGAUCUCACACCAGGGCUUCUCCCACGACGACACAGUCUUCGUUCACAUCUCAGAUAUUCAAGAUACCUACGUGCCUCUGGUUGGCGAUGAGGUGCAGUUCAAACUCUGUCCCAUCCCGCCGAAAUUCGUGAAGUUCCAGGCGGUGGAUGUGCACCUGGAAAAUAUAGACAUCAACCUGCACCGCAAAUGGAAUGAGCCAUUCGAUCCAGCGGAAGAGACCAGCGGAGAACAUACUACCCAAUUGGGGAGCAGUCCAGUUAGAGAACCAAUCAAGUCAUCCAUAGACUGA